AUGCCGGCGUACUCGACAUUCCUUGUAAUACAUAUCACAAUCGCCAUAGUGGCUAUUCCGUUACUCUGCUACUCGUUGUAUAAACUAUACAGAUCAAGACCGUUCAAUACAAAAUGGACAUUAUCUCACAUCUAUCUUACGUCACUGCUAAUAUUACUGUUCUGUCUGCCUACCUCACUCGUGUAUGGGACGGACUUGUUUGAAUUUUGGCUGGAUAACGAGAGCACAACCGUUGUAGAUAUUGAUGAAAUCAUUCCGGCCCACUCAACUCUAUGCGUAAUUCAAGCCCAGGCCCUCUCAUGUCUUCUUUCGCCAUAUAUCCUGCUACCUGUCCUCUUGUCUUUCUACACGUUCAAUGCAAUACGGAAAAAUAAAGCUUCACUCGAAUCACAGAGUUUUAAGUAUGCAGCUAUCGUUAUAUGGGGAGUUGGAGGUGUGAUCUUGAUUGGAAACAUCAUUGUGUGGCGUUCUCAAAUGACUCAAGAGGAAAGCAGCCAUAACUUUACGCAAGUAAACGGAUCAUUGCUCUUUAAUGGAAUACAGACAAGAGGAUGGGUAUGCAGAGUACAAUAUGUUAACUACAAGUUUACAUAUUUAAUUGAUGGUGUGUUUUCUUUGGCUUUAUUUACUGGUUUAAUUCUUUCAAUCAUGUCAUUCUCCAUGAUAUUCAGCAUCUGGCGGAGACAGAUACGAAGACAUGCUAUUGGAUUCAGUACAUACGACGGGAUGCCUUUGUGUGUCCCGUAUGACGAGGAGAAUGAAGAAUUGGGCGGGAAGGAUGGGUUAGAGGACGGAAGCAUUACAGUCAGUGAGCUGAAGUUUACGUAUUUCGUGUAG